AUGAGAUUACAAGAAGCUGACCUAGAACAUCAACGACGAGAAGAAGAAGCUUCCCUCCAACGAAAACGAGAGAAUGAACAACUCCGGCUCCAAGAACAACGAAUAGAAUUGGAACGUCAACGACAGAAAGAAGAAGCUGACUUGAAACGUCAACGACAGCAAGAAAAUGCUGAUCUGCAAUGUGUACGUGAACGAGAGAGAUUUCAGCUACAAGAACAAGAAGCCGCCAUCACGCUCCGCUUAGAGCAAGAGAAAGCUGCCUCCGCUCUCCGUCUGGAGCAAGAGAAAGCUGCCUCCGCUCUCCGUCUGGAGCAAGAGAAAGCUGCCUCCGCUCUCCGUCUGGAGCAAGAGAAAGCUGCCUCCGCUCUCCGUCUGCAGCAAGAGAAAGCUGCCUCCGCUCUCCGUCAGCAAGAGAAAGCUGCCUCCGCUCUCCGUCUGGAACAAGAGCAAGAGAAAGCUGCCUCCGCUCUCCGUCUGGAGCAAGAGAAAGCUGCCUCCGCUCUCCGUCUGGAGCAAGAGCAAGAGAAAGCUGCCUCCGCUCUCCGUCUGGAGCAAGCUGCCUCCGCUCUCCGUCUGGAGCAAGAGAAAGCUGCCUCCGCUCUCCGUCUGGAGCAAGAGAAAGCUGCCUCCGCUCUCCGUCUGGAGCAAGAGAAAGCUGCCUCCGCUCUCCGUCUGGAGCAAGAGAAAGCUGCCUCCGCUCUCCGUCUGGAGCAAGAGAAAGCUGCCUCCGCUCUCCGUCUGGAGCAAGAGAAAGCUGUUGCCACUCUAAGAGUUUCGACAACAGGAACUUGA